AGUGUAAAUUCAGUGGCGUACGCGUUCAGUUUGUCUUUUAUACUGGAAGAGCGGUAGUGCGCAUUCGCCCCAGAUUUUAUUUCAAUCAUUUUUAUAUAUAAACAUUUCAUUUGAAAUAAGUAGAGGCGCACAGUGGUUUCGGAAAGUUCUCUUUGAUUUGACAUUUGUGUGUAUGUGUUCAGUGCAUUCCUCGAAGAAAAACUUGUUUUUAUUAGAAAGCCAAUUGAUUACUUGGUGAUAUCGUUGACACAAAUUAAGUUUGGUAAAUUUUAUUUAAAAACCAAUUGGUAAUUCAACGACAGGAAGACUGUUUUCUGGAACAUAAUCAUUUCCUAUAAUUUAACACUUCUUUUUCGCGGGGAACUAAGAAACCAAAAUCAGAGUGAACAUGUCGAAAAAACCAGCCGCUGGACCUGCGCUUCACAAAGUCAUCAUGGUUGGUAGUGGAGGUGUUGGAAAAUCGGCCUUGACCCUUCAAUUCAUGUAUGACGAAUUCGUUGAGGACUACGAACCAACAAAGGCCGACAGCUAUCGUAAAAAGGUCGUUUUAGACGGUGAAGAGGUACAAAUUGAUAUCCUCGAUACAGCUGGACAAGAAGAUUACGCUGCCAUACGCGAUAACUACUUUCGAAGCGGUGAAGGUUUCCUUUGCGUUUUCUCUAUAACAGAUGAUGAAAGUUUUCAAUCAACAUUAGAGUUUCGGGAGCAAAUUUUACGAGUGAAGAACGAUGAAAGCAUACCGUUUCUGUUAGUGGGCAACAAAUGUGAUCUAAAUGACAAGCGAAAAGUACCUUUAGCUGAAUGUCAGGAGCGGUCAUCGUUAUGGGGUGUUCCAUAUGUUGAAACCUCUGCGAAAACCAGAGAAAAUGUCGACAAGGUAUGUGAUUCAACAACACAUUACAGCUAUUCAGAUGUUGAGAAAUGCACGCACUGCACAAUAAUUUCUCGCACGUAUACCAAUUACAUUUUUAAAAUGACUGUUUGCGUACAGUUUUAAAAAGCUUAAAACACUUUGAUUUCCAACAAAUUUGUUUGCCCCUUUAUAAUAUUGUGAACAUUAAAAUGCUUUCGCUUUGUUAUGUUAUGUUAUCUAAAUUGUUUCCUGUAUUGUUUCGCAAUGCUGGUUUCUCCUCAGUUUCAUUUGUCCAAUAAGAAUCUAUAUCGCUCUUGACUUGCGUAGGUCAUUCUAAACUCAGUUUUGAAACCUUGCUUGGAAUUAGAUUACAACUUGUAGAAAUAUUCAGUUCCCAUGCUAUAAUCCCAUGCUAUAAUUAGAGCACAUUUAAUUAAUAUAACAGAAUUUUUUCUUCAAACCAAAUUGCUCAAAUUAAAUUGAUGCAUUGUCCAACAAUAUUAUAUCAUUUAACUUGAAUUUGUGUGAUCAUAGGUAUUUUUCGAUCUAAUGCGUGAUAUUCGAUCGCGUAAAACGGAGGACUCAAAAACAACAAACGGAAGAGCCAAAGAUAAAAGCAAACGGCGGAGACUUAAAUGCACGCUACUCUAAUUCCAUUUUGCAUAGGUGCUUAAAAAGUUAUUCAUUAAAACACAUAAACUAGUUUUCUUUUUCGCUUUCUGUUCUUUCUUUCUUUCUUUCUUUUCAACCAACCAUCAUGCUUUACUUUAAUCAGUCUGUUAUUCGUACCAGUUCUUUUGUUACUUGUUCCUAGUCAUUAGAAUUUGUGUUUUCAUUGUUAUGUUUUGCGUGAUAAGAAUGCACUUGAUUUCAUUUUUGUGACGUUAUGAUUUAAAUUUGGUUUGUAUUUUUUUCCGCUUGUUUUUCUUGUUUCAAAACCAACGAGUGAUUUGGAAACUUAAGUUUAAAUUUGGAUUCUUUUUUCGUUUAAAAAUUUUAUUUUUCAAAUUAUUCCAUUAUUGUUUUUUCACCAAAAAAAUACACCUAGGAACAACACUAUUUUCUAAACAGUUCAAUAAAUCUCAAAAAAUACAUUUCUUAAUCCAUCUAAAUUACUUCUGAAUUUAAAGUGAAAAUAUAUCAAAAAGUAUCUAUUCAUUGAUUGCAGUUUUUUUUCUCAUUUCCUAGAUAUUUUAUGAUCUUAUCAGGGAUAUUUCAACACGUAAGAAUCGUUCGACCGACGUACAACCGACCACAAAAUCCAAAAAAGCCUGCUGUCAUCUACUUUAAAUAAAGGAACGCGAGGAAUAUUUUUUCAACGUAAAACAACAACAGAAAUUAACAAAUUAAAAUAUGUAUCGUCAACAAUGUAUUAUGUUAUUUUAAAAAAAAAACAUGAAGAUUAUCGCUUGACAGCUAGUAGUCAGAAAACAAUAGAAAUGAUUUCAGGUCAACUAUAUUGUUCGGAUGUAACAAAUAAAAAUCGAUGUUUUCAUUUGAAACGAAAAUCUAUUGAUAAUUCCGAUUUCUAAUUUAAAAAUGAAAGUAUUAUAUAAUUUGAACCAAAGUACGAUUCCUUUUGUCUUACUUGAACAACAAUAUGUUUAAAAUAUAUAUCAAGUGGAUAUCCUUAUAGCUCAUUAUUUCUAAAAACAAAAUAUUGCAAUUUUUUGUAAGCAGUGAAAUAUUCGUACGAAUUUUACAUACAAAACAAGCGUUUUUUUGAACAUCAAGAGAAAAAUACAACUCAAAAUUGAUUCCAAUUUCCGCACCUUGCACAAUUCGAGUUUACAAACAAAUCAAGUGUGGAAAACAUGUUCCAAAUGCAAUAUAUAGUUGGAAAUACGCAAUCUUUAUAUCGGUUGACUUUGAAGUAGGGAAUUUUAGAUCCAUUUCCAUAGUAACAAUUGGUCGGAUCUUACAUGAAUAGAUAGUGCUAAAUGCAUGUGAAUGUUAACCCUCUAGUGCAUACAAUCGCCUUUAGACGGGCAACAUUUGAACGUCUGUAUAACGUAAAUCAUACGUCAGAUUACAUUGCUUCAAAAAACAUUUCAAUUUGUACUCUAUGAUUUUGUCUUUUGCACUAUUAGUCAACAUCAAGCGGUUGUCGUAUUAUGAACAAGAAUGUGCGCAAAAACAAAAAUGUGACAAAAUAAAUUAUUCCCUUUCAAAAUGAGAUACAUUUUUGACACUUUUAAACAAUAUGGAUUUAAGUCUAUCGAAUUUCCUGACUAAACUAUGAGGAAUCCAGGAUUAGGAAUAUUUUUUGAUCAUCUAUGGCCAAAAAUCAACCAAGUACUAAUACUCCUGGAAAAAACCGCCCUGGGAAAAAAUUAAUGCCCUAGAGGGUUAAAAUCUACCACAGUUUAUUCUAUGGCAGCUACAAUCCACUGCAAACUCGAAAAAAAACUGAGUUCCUAUCAAAUUAUCUAUUUUCCAAAUAUACUACUUUCCUACAUGAUGCAUAAAACGACAUCUAUUUCCGCGUCGUAUUAUUCAAUUUUGAUACUUAUCAUCACUAUUUUAUUGACAUUUCUUUUUAAAUAUUUACUAACAAUUCAGGUUUGCAAUCACCGUUUUUACAACGCAUAUUAAUAAAUCUUUUUAAUCAAUUAUACAAUUUUUAUGGCAAACUAUAUCGAGUCCAACCAAAAAACAAAACAACAACAGCACACACACACACACAUUUAAUACAGCACAGCUAGGUGACAGAACUUUUCUUACAUACAAAAUGAAUGGGAUAUGUAUAAAAAAUUUAGUUUUUUUGACAUAUCUAUCAAAAUAUCUGUAACGGAGACAGCAGCAUUUUUAUUGGUGUGCAUCAACACAAAUAGACGUAUGAUUGUUUAUUGUUACAAAACUGAAUUUCAGAAGUAACUAAUAGAAAAGAAGAGUAAUUUUAAGUCUUGAAUAUUGUAAACACAUUUCUGUAUAUUAGUUGGAUUGGAUGCAUGGAAAAUAAAGAAUGCGAAAAAGAAGCA